ACGACGUGGAACAAGGACAACGAGGACAAGGAUGGCCACGACGUCUGCGUUUGCGCGAUCCAGAGCCGCAUUGCGGAAGAAAGCCAAGCCGGUCAAGAAGGCGCUGGACGACGAACAGAUGGAGGAGAUCAAAGAAGCGUUUAGUCUGUUCGACACAGACGGGAGUGGGUCCAUCGACGCCCGGGAACUGAAGGCGGCGAUGCGGGCGCUGGGGUUCCAAGUGAAGAAAGCCGAAGUGCGGAAAAUGAUCGCCGACAUCGACAAGGAUGAAAAUGGAACCAUCGAGUUUGAAAACUUUGUGGAAAUGAUGACGAGCCGCAUGAGUUCGAGGGAUACGAAGGAAGAAGUGGCGAAGAUCUUUCAACUGUUUGACGACGACAACACGGGAAAGAUCUCGUUCAAGAACUUGAAGCGCGUGUGCACUGAAUUGGGGGAGAACUUGACGGACGAAGAGAUGCAGGUACAACAAGUGUCUGCAAGUUGGCGCUUUGAUGCUGACGCGUAGGAAAUGAUCGACGAGGCCGACCGCGACGGCGAUGGGCUUAUCAACGAAGACGAGUUUUUCCGGGUCAUGAAAAAGCGAUCGGGAAACCCCCUCGACGACUUGGACAGUGACGACGAUUGACCACGGUUACUGUAUGCGGCCAACUUUAAUACUACUAGUACAAUAAAUAUACUAUUAAUAGUACUGGGAAACUUGUCGUCGCC